CUUCCUUCUUCAUCUUCACCAUCAUGUGAUUACAUUAACAGCUCAAUCUACUCCAUGAUCAAUUCUCUCCUUUCUUCACAUACAGAGAAUAAGAAGAACAACGAUCCAUUUAACCUGUGCUUAAGUUCUUAUCCUUUAUUGGAAAAAUGUUGACUAGAGCCCUCGUUCGAAUUCGAAUCUCUGGAUCGAAUCAUCUGAGUGGAGUUUUCGAGAAUUCGAAAUUGGGUACAAUUGGUGUUUCCUUUAGAAGAUGGGUGUCGAGCGAGAGCGGGAAACGAUUUGCGGCGAUGUGGGGAAGUGGAGAUUACGGCAGAUUAGGGCUCGGGAGCUUGGAGUCUCAGUGGAGACCUUCCGUUUGCUCUGCAUUGAGUGAUCACAGUAUCAGAGCUCUCUCCUGCGGAGGAGCCCACACUCUUUUCCUCACCGAAACAAGGAGAGUCUUUGCAACAGGUCUUAAUGAUUUUGGCCAACUUGGCGUCUCGAAUGUUAAUACUCAUGCUUUGGAGCCGCUUGAAGUUUCUGGAAUUGAAAAGGAUAUAAAGCACAUCUCAGCUGGUUAUAACCACUCUGCUGCUGUUACAGUGGAUGGGGAACUCUAUAUGUGGGGGAAGAAUACUAGUGGACAGCUUGGACUUGGAAAAAACGCUGCAAGAGUAGUACAUGUUCCAACCAAAGUGCAGGCUCUGAAUGGGAUCACCAUAAAAUCAGUGGCUUUGGGUUCUGAGCAUUCAGUUGCUGUUACUGAUGGAGGCGAAGUCCUGAGUUGGGGAGGAGGAGGAUCUGGGAGACUUGGCCACGGUCAUGAGUCCAGUUUUUUUGGCAUCUUAAAAAGUAAAAGUGAGUUUACUCCAAGGCUUAUCAAGGAACUAGACGGGGUUAAGGUUAAAAACGUUGCUGCUGGUCUACUGCAUACCGUAUGCACUGAUGAGAAUGGCUCUGCUUUUAUGUUCGGAGAGAGAUCUAUAAAUAAGAUGGGAUUUGGAGGAGUAAGGAAUAGUACAACACCAUCCAUUAUCAGUGAAGUGCCAUACGCAGAAGAAGUUGCAUGUGGUGGUUACCACACAUGUGUUGUCACAAGAAGUGGGGAACUUUACACUUGGGGUUCAAAUGAAAAUGGGUGCCUUGGCACAGAGUCAACAUAUGUCUCACACUCCCCCGUGAGAGUCGAAGGUCCUUUCUUGGACUCAGCUGUAUCUCAUGUAUCUUGUGGGUGGAAGCACACUGCAGCCAUUUCAGAUAACAAAGUCUUUACAUGGGGCUGGGGAGGUUCUCACGGCACUUUCUCUGACGACGGGCACUCCUCCGGUGGACAACUGGGACAUGGUAGUGAUGUAGAUUAUGCAAUACCAGCAAUGGUGAACCUGGGAAAGAAUGUAAGAGCAGUGCAUAUAUCUUGUGGCUUCAAUCAUACAGGAGCAGUUCUCGAACAUUUUUGAAGACUUCAUGGAAUACAUUUCAUAUACAUACGUUUUUGUUUCGUUAUACUUUCUUAAUGUUUUGUACAUCAGAAUCAACUCAAGGAUAGAGCUCUAUUUGUCAAAAUAAUAUACUACAUAUAUAUAAUUCUUCAACUCUUGAGGGAGAUACAUACUAAUGGACCUGUAUUUGUAGAAUAAUAUGUAGUAACAGAGGAACAAAAUAAUAAAGUAA